AUGUCAACAAACCCCCUCCAAGCUUCUCUCCCGUUUACCAUAUCGCAGACAUCUCCAUCUCACCAACGAUCUUGUACGCUGCUGCUCAAGAAAAGUACGGUAGAACCGACACCGUUGGCGGCUGGUCCUCGUCUCGUCUGUCUCUCGCUGCUCCGCCGUCCCGUUGCAAGCUUGUCUGCACCUCGCUGCACCACCGACCCCAGACUCCACGCGCAAUUGGCUGGGCCCUUGAAGCAGCGCCAGCACAUCAAGCACCUCGAGCAAUCCCAGCCGCUCCUGGACAACAACAAAGUCUCCCAUAGGCUCUGCCAGUCACCCAGCCUGUGUCCGAGGUCCGCUUCCUGCCAGAGAAGAAUCCAAGAAGGCCAGGUGUGCGCAUCACAUUGCGACCAGUCCUCUGGAUCCGCCCCCAAAACCGCUCGAACUCGGCAUUGGAUUCGAGCUUGGAGGACCUACUUUGUACAAGCUAGCUUCGAGGAGGCCACCGCCUAUCCCGCCGCCGUCUUCCAUCUUCUUCCCAUCGCCUCGCAUCCCACCGCCCUCUCCGGCCGACACCAGCAGGAGGAAGUUGACUUCCAGGUUCUGUUUAUCGACGCAAACUGCCCCGCUGCCGAGAGAAUCCCUGUCCGCCUUGCUCCUAUCAACAACAGCCGUCCGUCUCAUUGCGCCGCCACUCACUUUUUCUCCUUCGACAGGCCGCCCGCCACUCAGCCCCAUCGAUUCUGUGCACCUGUUCUGCUUCUCUGCUCACAUUCCCGCAUUCUGAUGAUUCUGGACUGCGACUGUUAA